GUGUUUAUCUUUGAACGUCAACAUAAUCUCUUAGGUUUUCCAGUCUUCCCACAAAAUACUUUCUUAAUGGUCCACAUCCCUACACUGUUUUCUUCUUCUCUUCUCCUUCCCUCUCCUCCGUCGUUUUUGUCUGGGGCCAUAUCCCCAGGGGCUUGUCGGUACAGCAGGUGCUUGCCCCCCAACCCCCACCCAACCCUGCUCGUCUGAGGCCCCGCCUUUCGAUCGCACAGCGAAGCUACUCUUUCUCUCUCCGUAUCCCUGCCUUCAUCUGAUAUUAGUAGACCAUCCCUCUAUUAUGUACAAUUGUAAACAAUUACCGGAAUAGGGAACGGAACAAUGGAGAGGACGUAGUUUAACUCUGUAUUCAUCUAAAAUGUUCACCUCAUCUGUCGAUAACGCGGAAUGAUCUCCUCAGCUACUCGCACCACGGCAACGAUCAGCCCACUAGCCAACAGGAGUGCUGAUUUCCAGUCUGCUGGCUCAGGAUUUGCUGCUGCCCUCCAGAAACUACCCAAACAGACAGAACCCAAACAGACAGAACCCAGACAGACAGAACCCAGACAGACAGAACCCAGAGGUUCCUCUUCAGUCGUGUCUCCAGCUCCGGGCCCCAGCCCCCCUGGGUGUAGCCCCCUGUGGGGCUGUGUGGGGCUCCUCCAGGGCCAGCUCAAGGGCCACAUUGUCCCCAGGACCCCCCGGUGGGCCCUGUCUCCCUUUGCCUGUCCACCAGUGCCCCCUGGAGGACAGACAGACCGCAGAUCGUUGAGACCACCACCCUACACGAGGCGACUGCUCCCCCAGCCCUCUCCCCCCCUCCAGCCAGGACCCCUGCCAGCCCUCUCCCCCCGCCCCCUGACACCCUCCCUCUCUAUUACCCACAGCUUUCUCAUGCAGAACCUCCAUCUCCAGAACCUCAGCUCACCUGGGCAGAUGUCCUUAGGGGCCGUCGAAGAGGAAUAUCUGAGAAGACUCCACCCAUUCACUACAGACGACCUCCGGCUUGCCCCCCUAAACCACCUCCACCCUGCAGCUGCCUACUACCCCCCUGCCUACCUACCCUCCCCCCUCACCCUACACAGAAUGGAGGAGUCUUUGUGUCUUUCAGCGCUGCGGUCACAGUUCUACCAUGUGCCUCCAGGGGGAGCCCUCCCUCUCCUCCCCUCUGCUGGGCACCUGUCUGGGAGGCCCCACCCACUGGCUGGAAGAAUGCAGAUGGAGGAUGAGGUUUGCCUGCGAGAGAGGGAAUGCGAACGGAUGAAAGAGAGGGAGCGAGAGAGAGCGAGGGAGCUGGAUGAGGAGCGAGACAGAGAGCGAGAGAGGGAGCGAGACAGAGAGCGAGAGAGGGAGCGAGAGAGGGAGCGAGACAGAGAGCGAGAGAGGGAGCGAGACAGAGAGCGAGACAGAGAGCGGGAGAGGGACAGUCAGAAGCAGAGACAGGUGGAGAGACAGCAGGGGGAGAGACAGCAGGGGGAGAGACAGCAGGGGGAGAGACAGCAGGGGGAGAGAGCAGCAGAGAGGCUGUAUUGGGCGGAGCAGUGGACACGGAGGACUUCACCACAGACUCCUACCAGACUGGAUGAUGUUGUGGAGGCCCCAGUCAUCUGGCCAGCCCUCCAGUCCUCCAGGGGGGGUAUGCCUCCGCUCCUGCCCAGCCUGGUGCCCUCAUACCUGGGAAGGGGCCUUGUGGCUGGAGGGGUGCCUGGGACUCUGGCAGCUGGUGUGAUGUCUCGGGGAGCCAAUAAGGAGGGUCAGUGGUUGGCAUGGCAACGUAAGCCUGAGGAGGAAAGGGAGGGACGGCCAGAGCCAAGGUCACCUGGGAAGAGGGCGGAGCCUAGGUCACCUGGGAAGAGGGCGGAGCCAAGCAGAGACAGACAGAGGUCUGGAGAGACACACCCCAGUCUGGGAGCCCCGCCCCCACUGCUCUCCCCCAAACCCCCUGGUCUCCAGGCCCCUCCCCCCACCCUCUGGAGCCCUGCCUUCCUCACACAGACCCUCCCCGACUCCCGGUGUAAGUUCACCCCCCCCAACCGCCCCCCUCCGGGCCUGACCAGAGCUGAAGGAGUCCUGGGGAGGGGCAGUCUGCAGCCGUCUGCCUGGAGCAGAGCCCAGCACCAGGACGGGUCCUUGGAGGGCGUCUGCCCUCAGAGGCCCUGGAGCCUGCCCCUGUCCCCUAGAGCCUGCUCCCAUCUGGGGGUGCGCUGCCCAGCCACCUCCCCCUCGCCUCCCACAGAGCUCCAGGACGCAGAGCUGGUGUGGGAUGCGGCCCUGAGACAGCCCUGCCGGCUGAUCAGCACAAUGGACCUCCGAGAGAGGAGGAAGAGGGAGGCCAGUGAAGGAGGUUACUACUACGACCUGGAUUACUCAUGUGACGAGAGCGACGAGGAAGACGUCAAAGCCCACCUGAGGAGGGUGUCAGAGCAGCCCCCCCUCAAACUGGACACUUCCUCUGAGAAGGUGGACUUCCUGCGUGGGUGUGGCCUAACCACCCAGGCUCAUCGAAACCAACUUCUUCACCAGCAGAGGAGGAAGAGGAGGAGGAUGCUAAAGGAGCGCAGCCCCUCCCCCCAAGCCCGCCCCCUGGUCCUCCCACCCCCCCUCAUCACGCCCUACACCCCGGAGGAGAUGGACCGCUGUCCUGAGCUGGAGGACAAGAAGAAGUUCCUCAGCGGCCUCCAUCUCUCCCACAUCUCCCCAAAACAAAGAAGAGGUGCCCCAUCCCUCCCUCCCUCCCCUCCCCCCUACGUCCCCAAGCUCUCUGUGGACAUCCCCUCACCCCGACAUCCCCCACCCCUAGCCCGCCGUACUGAAGACACCAGGUUAGCCAAGUGUCCUCCAGCUAAGAUGCUCCAGGGUCUGCAGGACACUGUUGACUCCCCUGCCCAGCUUAAGAGGGCUGAAUGUGGGCAGAAGUGGCACGGUGGGUCCUGGGAAAGAUUCCCUCCGGAGGUCUUCGCUCAACACUUUCAACAGCUCAGUAGCAGAGGACUCUCCUCCCUACCUAAGCCAAAUCUGAAGUUGGAGCCUGUCAGUCCCCCUCCAUCACACACCAACAGCCACUCACGCACCAACUACGCACACACAAAUGGCCACUCACGCAAGUACCACACACACACCAAUGGCAACACCCACAGCCAACACCCAAACACAAACAGCUAUGUGCUUGCCCACCAUACACACACAAACAGCCUUCAGUUAAACACCCCAACCCUUCAUAAGCAAACAACAGGGGGGCAGAAUGAGUAUUCAGAGGAAGAGGAGGAGGAGGAAUCUGGAAGAUGGCAGGGUAUUGAAGCCAUCUUUGAAGCCUAUCACGAGUACAUGGAUGAGCAUGGUGUUGAGAGGCAGGUCCUCCUCAGUCAGUGCCGGAGGCUGGAGGCUGAGCAGGUGGCCCUGGGCAGGAGGGCCCAGCAGCUCUCUCUCACCAUGGGGGAGCUGAUUGGCCAGCAGCAGAGAGUGGGGGAGGAGAGGGGGAGGCUUCAGGCUCAGCUCCAGCACUUCAGGAACUGUCUGACCCUUCCCAACAUGCACUGGGGCAGGAGGCAAGCCAACGGGCAUACAUCUAGGUGACCCCCCGUCAUCCAGGUGACCCCCGUCAUCCAGGUGACCCCCAUCAUCCAGGUGACCCCCAUCAUCCAGGUGACCCCCGUCAUCCAGGUGACCCCCAUCAUCCAGGUGACCCCCAUCAUCCAGGUGACCCCCCGUCAUCCAGGUGACGGAUGGUGUCAGAAACCAGCACCUGCAGUGGUUAAGAUGCAGAUUAGUACUCAGCUACAGGUAUCAGUGGUUGGAGUGAAGUGAUGAGACUGAAUUCACGAAAAAUAAUGUUGCCAUUGUUUGUUAGUCAGUAAUAGACCUUUCUUUUUAUAUUAUUUAUUUUCUUAACAUUGUAUUCAAAAGCCAUACCAUGGACAUCUUUUGAUUGAUUUGGGACUGGUCAAACUAAAAUGGGUAAAGAUAUUCAAAUGUACAGUAAAUUUAUUUGGACUGUUUUCAAUAAAGGUUUUUGGUUAAGUUAAAAUGCACUAGUGAUGUGGGCUAUAGGGUGACGAGACUUGAUGUUAAACAUUUUUAACAUCAAGAUUUUAAACAUUUUUACAUUAUCUAUUUAUUAAAUGUGCAGUAUACAAUACUAAUGAUUUAUUUAAUAAAAUUAUUUCUGUAAUUUCUUGAUAGAUUAAAUAAAUGGGAAAAAUAUAGCAUCCUUUCUUUCUUUAAUUUAAGUGAAUGCUUGAAUUUCCAAGGCAGCUGUGCCAGACUGAGAGUGACCUCUACUGGCCACGUUGGAAAUUACUGUCAUGAAGUUCCCAAAGAUGAAGCGCCAAAUUCUCCAAUUCUGUGUACAAAGUCAAUCAAAAACAUCACAAUCUGCUGAUUGUGUGUUCAUUGAAAUGGCAAUGAGGUAAGUGUGUAAGGAAUUUUCAUAUCGACAAACAGGAAUUUGUCACCAACUGUAAAGAUUGAAUGUUGGGUGUAAUUGGCUCCAAUACCACACUAUAAUUACUAUAA